AGGUUAGCGCAGAAAUUGGCUCCCGCUUGGCAAUGGUCCCCUGCGCUACUUGCAAUUGGCGACGCCAAAAUUUCGGGUCCUGGGAAUCGUGAUUAUCAGGUGCGUGCAGCAGACUGGUUCCGUUGGGUCAGGUUGGUGCAUCCGAGUUUAUGACCCAAUGCCCAGUAUCUGACAGAUCUUCCACGUAGAAUGCCUCCGAGAUUACGAUGCGCGGCUCCUCGAGGCCUGGGCUCUGUCAUUAAACCUCCGAGGGUACCGAGUCCAUCAACCGUCCUCCCCCUUCCUUCGAUAGCUGCGGUCGGAGCAGCGACAAGGACGUACGCCACAGCUGCUCCUGCCUCGAGAGUAUCCAGCUUCAAUGUGCCCGCAGACUACGUCCCGCCGACCAAACCACCUUCCGCCCGGCCGUCCGACACACGCAAGUCGCAGCUGCUCCGAACUUACACCGCACUCCUCCGAUCGACACCCCUGAUCUUGAUCUUCCAACACAACAACCUCACUGCAGUAGAAUGGGCGGCUGUGAGGCGGGAGUUGCGGAUUGCUCUCAACGGCGUCUCUACUCCCGGGACAGGCUCGGCCGAGAUAGCGGAGACGACGCAGCUGCAGGUGAUCCGGACACGUAUCUUUGAUGUCGCCCUCAAGAUCGUCGAGUUCCACGAUCCCUCCAAGGUUGCUCCCACAACCGCCUCCACGCUCAGCGGCGAAAAGAUUCAAGUGGUCUAUAACCACGACUUGUCCCCGGCAGCCUAUGACGCCGUCAAGGCUGCAACCAAGGGCGACGCGCCUUUACCCAACUCGACCGCAUAUGCUCAGCUCUCGCCUCUGCUAGUCGGACCGAUGGCGAUCCUCACCCUGCCGGCCGUGUCGCCUACGCACCUAGCUGCUGCUCUCAGCGUGCUCUGCCCGAGCCCGCCAGCUUUCCCCCCGCCAAGCAAGAAGAAGAGCCCUGGUUAUCAUGAGCCCAUUGCUCAGAGCGGGCUCCAAAAGCUCAUGCUUGUCGGCGGACGGAUUGAGGGCAAGGUCUUCGAUCUUGAGGGUGUUAAGUGGGUUGGCGGGAUCGAAGGAGGUCUGGAUUCCCUGCGUGCGCAGCUCGUCUACAUGCUCCAGAGCGCUGGGCUUGGGCUCACAAGCGCUCUGGAGGGUGCAAGCAAAAGCCUCUGGCUUACCAUGGAAAGCCGGCGCAGCGUGUUGGAAGAGGAGCAGAACGGUGGAAAGGAAGGCGAGAAGAAGGAGAGCUCAUGAGGAAAGUGCCAGUGGUGAGCCUGGUAGAACCAUAUGUCCACACGCCACAUAUAGCGUGGAGUUCGGCCGAUGUCGCAUUGCAGUAGGUGCGAUAUGUCAACAUGUAAAUCAUACUGUAUCAUACAUCUUGAGUGUCAGAGGUUCUACUCGGACUGCAUCUGUGUGGAUCAGAGGCGUACACAACCAUACCUACUAGUACCUAGGGAGUACCGUUCUCACCACCGUACUCAGCUUGUUAUAAGGACUGGGAACAUAGCGUACCUGAACGGGCAACCUGACACUCCAAAGACUUGCCCCACCCGCGAGGUCUUAUCCCCACAGCUACCCCGGUCAUCGAACUACCUAAUAAAAGAGAGCCCCUCAAACAGUUCAACCUCUAGCUCGAAGCAAG